AUGUCGUAUGAUCGAGCGCUGACGGUAUUUUCGCCGGACGGACACCUGUUCCAGGUAGAAUACGCACUUGAGGCGGUUCGAAAAGGGACGUGCGCCGUAGGUGUUCGAGGCAAGGACGUUGUCGUACUUGGAGUCGAGAAGAAGUCGGUGUUGCAACUUCAAGAUGCACGUACGAUUCGCAAGACAGCGAUGCUCGACGAUCACAUCUGCCUGGCGUUUGCCGGACUCACCGCCGACGCACGCAUCUUGAUCGACAAGGCGCGCACCGAAUGCCAAUCGCAUCGUCUCACCGUCGAAGAUCCGGUGACUGUCGACUAUAUCACGCGCCACGUCGCAGCCAUCCAGCAAAAGUAUACGCAGUCCGGUGGUGUACGUCCGUUUGGCAUCUCGACGCUCAUCAUUGGAUUCGAUGCAAACGACUCGACUCCGAAACUGUACCAGACCGAACCGAGCGGCAUGUAUUCCGCCUGGAAGGCCAACGCGAUCGGUCGAAGCUCGAAAACCGUCCGCGAAUUUCUCGAGAAGAACUACAAGGACGACCUCACCAAAGAGCAAACCAUCAAACUCGCCAUCAAGAGUCUGCUCGAGGUGGUUCAGACCGGUGCCAAGAACAUCGAAAUCGCGCUCAUGGACGCACACGCUAGCGUCACAAAUGUAGAGCUCGCCGAGAUCGAAAAGUUUGUAGACCAGAUCAAUGCUGAAAAGGAGCUCGAUGCCGAGAGGAGGAGAAACAGGCUAGCUGCCACUGCAGGUGCACAGGCCUCCAUGUCUUGA